AGUAAUAAUAACAAGAGUCGAUGAAUUUUGUCGCAUUUGACAGUGUUUGCAGAAAAGAGCACAAGGACACACUCUCACACGCGCCUUCACUACUUUCAAGCUUUUUCAGCAUGUCAGAACCUCAACUAAAUGUUUCUACCCUUCUCUCUUUCCAACACCAACAUUUCCAUUCACCCUUUUCCCUUCAACUUUCUUCUGGUAAGAUUUUCUCUCUUGCAUCCUCCAACUUGAACACACUCAUGCUUUGUUCAUCCUCAAAAUGUGUCCUUUUUUUGUUAUUAUGUUUCAUUAUCAUGUUUAAUAUUCACUACUUUGAAUCUAAAGACACCCCUUUAUUGGUAAAUGUUAGAUAGUGCUUUAAGUAGUGAAAAUCUUGCUUCUUUUGUUGUUUUCUAAUAAUCUAAUGUCUUUGAAUUUGCUUCUUUGUGUGAAGAUUUUGUGGAUGGUUGGUUUUAGUUGUAUUUUGAAGCAAAGCUAGAACUUUGUUAGGGAUUGAUUGGUCUUUUUAUGAGUUUAGAAAGUUUUUGAUAUUUUUGGGAUGGAAUGUUCAAACACCAAACUCAUAAAACCAAACCCAAACAUAUCAGAAAUUGUUAGCAAGUUGGCAAAAGUGUGCACAUUGAAAUCCAUUGGGGUGUUCUCAUCUGAACUCCCCAAUCUCCAUCACUUGCACAAACCUGUUUGUGAUAAUGCCUCAGUGAGUGGAAACACUAGUAGUGUUGCAAGUGAUGAUAAUAGGAGCCAUGGACAGAAAAUCCAUCCACAUCCCAUUGAAUUUGAGGUGCCUAAAGGUGAGGGUUUUUGUGCUGGUUUGGAGAUCAUGAAGAUCUUCGAUGUUGUUUCGGCUAUCAAAUUGGCUUAUCUUGAGCUCCAACAAGCUCAUAUACCUUAUGACCCUCACAAGGUUGUUUCUGCUGAUAAAAGAGUAAGUGCUGAGCUUGAGAAGCUUUGCAAGUUCAAGGUUGAAUAUAAGGAGAAGCAAUGCAGGAUUGCAAUGUUAAAUGCCGGGAGAUUUGAUCGCUUACGAUCUGAAAUUAAGGCCAAGGAAGCAUUGUUGGGGAAGCUUAAGGGUAAGAACAAUGUUAAAGACUCUAAGAUUCUUCGGUUGCGACAAGAGCUUCAUGAUUUGGAGAUGGUGAAUAAGAAUCUGACAGAGAAGAUCAAGAGGAUAAAUAAGAUGAAGAAUGCAAGUGUUUCAAGUGUUGCUAAGUUCCAUGAGGUCUUCGAGGCUUCUUCAAUGUCCAUUCAUGAUUUUGCAAAACCGUUGAUUAGCUUGAUGAAGGCUUCAGGUUGGGACUUGGAUGCUGCAGCAAAAUGGAUUGAGAAUGAUGCUGUUUAUGUCAAAAGGGGAGACAAGAAGUAUGCUUUUGAGGCCUACAUUGCUCGCAGAAUGUUUCAUGGGGUGUCCUUAAGAUCUUAUGAUGUUGGUGAUGUUGUGAAGUUUGAUGAUCCAAUUGAUGCACUGAUGGAGAAUCCAGACUCAGAUUUCUCUAAAUUUUGCAGAACAAAGUAUCUUCUGGUUGUUCAUCGCACAAUGGAAGAGUCUUUCUUUGGAAAUUUGGAUCACCGGAGUUUGGUAUCAAACGGCAAGCACCCGAGAACAGAGUUCUAUCAAUUAUUCACGAAAAUGGCUAAAUGGGUUUGGGUUUUGCUAGGUUCUGCAGCAUCAAUAGACCCCAAUGCAACCAUGUUUUAUGCAGACAAUGGAAGCAUGUUCUCAAGUUUGUACAUGGAAUCUGUCAAUGUGGAAAGAGAGAUUGCAGAACAAGGAACCUACAGUGUUCAGUUCAUGAUCAUGCCUGGCAUUAAAAUCGGACAAACAUUGGUGAAGUCUCAAGUUUAUAUCUCAAAACAAUCUGAAGCUUUGUAGUAGUCUUUUUAGCUGGUAAUUCUUGUUCUGUACAAGAAUUUCUUUAGUGGUAGCUUAGCUGUUCAAGAUAACCAUGACUACUAGGUUGUGUUAGAGACUUAAUCCAUCAGUUUAGUUCUUGUAUCCUGUAAUCUCGUCUGCAUCCCGAUGAUUAGGAUCUUGAUGUGUAUAUGCUUGUUCUGACUGUUUCUAAUUAGUAAUUUCUAUCUUUUGCCAAAGAUGAUAGAUGCAAUUGAUAACAAAUGACCUCGUAUUCCACAAGGAUGCAAGUUAAAUUCUUGCUGCCAAUGUGAAGAACAAUUUGGUGAGCAAUAUAUAAGCACUAAGUGUCUCUGCAAACGUUUAAGGAGCCUAGAAGCAUGCUUUGACUUUGGUAGGAUGAUUGAUGUCACUUUUGUGCAUCAAGGGAAAAGUUUCUUUCUAUAUUCUCUUCUUUGUUCCUUUCUUUCUUAUUUAUUGAUUGAUUGAUUUAGCUAAUUUUUUUUCCCCGUAAUCUCCCUUAGUUUAUGUGCUGAUUUGUCUGUGUUUUCGGAUAUGCUACUUGCUGCUUCAUUUUCAUUUCCAUCUCAAAUUAAUGUAGAUGUAUCAUUACCUAGAAUUUCAUGUAAAAAAAAAAAGAAAAAAAAGUAAAUUACCAUUUUUACCCACAAAUGUUUCAAACGUUGACAAAUCUAUCCAUAAAAAAUAGAAACGAUCAUUUUUACCAACAACAAAAUUAUUCAAACAAUGAAAAAUUACC